GUCCACCGUCAAAUCCCUCAACUGAACGAACCUGUCUCGACGAGUCAUUUCCACCCGCGUUAUUUACUAUCACUAUCAACCACUGCCUCAGUGGUCGGCUGUCCAGUCUCUGUCCACUCGGCUCAGCCUUCGGGUCAUUUCGGGCCAUCUCUACGGCGUCAACUCCUGAACCCCAGCCUAACGCAGCUGAAACGAUUACCCAAUCCUUGCUAACCUCACGAUCAGGCUCAGCAUUCUCGCAUCAUGAAUCGGAAUCCCGCUGCCGCAGUCCAUCCAACUGCUACUAAUAUACCCCAGCGGCGCCCGGUUUCUCCUGGCCCUUUGCAUUCUGAUUUCAUACGACAGCAAGUCGCAAAACAAGCCUCCAGCAACUACCACUCCUCCUCCCUCAAGAUGAUCACACAAUCCGUCAACCGCACUGCCCUCCACCCCGGUGGUGUCCAACCCGGCAAGGGCCACACAGAACUGGAGGAAGAGCUUCAUGAAACCGCCCACAUUGACUACGAGCGCGUUGCUAUUGUCGCCAACCCGUCCGUGGCUGCUCUCUACGAAGAUGCCCUGGUCUACGAGACCGGCACUGCCAUCACAUCCAGCGGCGCCCUGACGGCGUACUCUGGCGCCAAAACCGGCCGCUCGCCCUCAGACAAGCGUGUUGUGCAAGAACCAACAUCGGAGAAAGACAUCUGGUGGGGACCAGUCAACAAGCCCAUGACUCCUGAGGUCUGGCGAAUCAACCGUGAGCGCGCUGUCGACUAUCUCAACACCCGCAAUCGCAUCUACGUCGUCGACGGUUUUGCCGGCUGGGACGAGCGCUACCGCAUCAAUGUCCGCGUCGUCUGCGCCCGUGCCUAUCAUGCCCUGUUCAUGCGUAACAUGCUCAUCCGCCCAACUCGCGCCGAGCUCGAGCACUUCCACCCUCACUAUGUCAUCUACAAUGCAGGAUCCUUCCCUGCCAACCGCUUCACAGAGGGCAUGACCUCGGCUACCUCGGUGGCCAUCAACUUCGCUGAGAAGGAGAUGGUCAUCCUGGGUACGGAGUAUGCUGGUGAAAUGAAGAAGGGUGUCUUUACCGUGCUCUUCUACGAAAUGCCCGUCAAGCACAACGUCUUGACCCUGCACUCUUCUGCCAACGAGGGCCAGAACGGCGAUGUCACUGUUUUCUUCGGUCUCUCCGGAACGGGCAAGACCACUCUUUCUGCCGACCCCAAGCGUGCUCUCAUUGGUGACGACGAACACUGCUGGACUGACAAGGGCGUCUUCAACAUCGAGGGUGGAUGCUACGCCAAGUGCAUCGGCUUGUCUGCCGAGAAGGAACCCGAUAUUUUCAACGCCAUCAAGUUCGGUUCCGUUUUGGAGAAUGUGGUCUUUGACCCAACCACUCGUGUUGUUGACUAUGACGACUCCACCUUGACUGAGAACACCCGCUGCGCCUACCCCAUCGAAUACAUCGAGAACGCGAAGAUUCCUUGCCUCUCCGACAAGCACCCGACAAACAUCAUCCUGCUGACCUGUGACGCUCGCGGUGUCCUGCCACCCAUCUCCAAGCUCACCACCGAGCAGACCAUGUUCCACUUCAUUUCCGGUUAUACCUCCAAGAUGGCUGGUACUGAGGACGGCGUCACCGAGCCCCAAGCCACCUUCUCCUCCUGCUUCGCUCAGCCUUUCCUCGCCCUCCACCCUAUGCGCUACGCCAAGAUGCUUGCGGACAAGAUCUCCGAGCACAAGUCCAAUGCCUGGUUGCUCAACACCGGCUGGGUCGGUGCUGGCGCCACCACUGGCGGCAAGCGUUGCCCAUUGAAGUACACUCGUGCCAUCCUGGAUGCGAUCCACAGCGGCGAGCUCGCCAAUGCCGAAUACGAAGUCUACCCGAUCUUCAACCUUCACGUGCCCAAGUCAUGCCCCGGUGUUCCCGAUGAGCUGCUCAACCCCAAGAACAGCUGGACUGCCUCUGUUCCUUUCUCGGACGAAGUUGGCAAGCUUGCCAAGUUGUUCAACAACAACUUUGAAAAAUACGCCGACCAGGCCACCCCAGAGGUCAUUGCUGCUGGUCCUGUUGUGGAUGCUCCUGUUGCUGCUCCUGUGGUGGAUGUCCCUGCGGUUGCUCCUGUUCAGGAUGCUCCUGCUGCGCAGUAAGAUUGGCAUAAUUGGUGUUCUUCGUUUUAGAGUGUACAAACACGACUUUUGCAUCUGCAUUGAUUCCCGGCAUUAAUAUGCGACACGAUUGUUUUACGUAU